UUUUGGAGCCGAAACGUUAUCAGAACGCACAGAGAGAGAGAGAGAGUAGCGAGUGUGCGAUGCAAUGGGCUCUUCUCUUUACUCCGCCAUUCUCCUUCUUCUCUUUGCUUUCUGUCUCUCUCUUCCGACCCUCUCACCUGCCACCGAACUCAAAGGUGUAGAUAUUGAAAACCCAGUACUAGAAGUCAUCCCAGCACCUCUUUCUGAGCACUCAGCUGUUCCUGGUUCUAAAGAUGUUUUAUUUUGUAAACGGGCACGAGUUUCUGGUAUAUCCAGGUUAAAACUUGGGAGUUAUGCAAGUUCACUUAAGGUCACCUUGUCUACAUCUCUAGGAAUCCUGGAGAGGUUGCUUAGCAAAAUUCAAGUCUGUUUUCAUAGGAAUAAUACGCUUGGAUUAUGUCAGUGUGAAGAGGAUGAUUGGAAAAAUAUUCAGAAAGGGUUAUGGAGCUCUGUCAUGUCGCCUUAUGAUGAAAGAUAUGUCGAUGUCAAGUUCAUUGGCAAAAUACCUGGCUCUGUCACCAUAACUGUUGAAGAAGAUUUUCAGAGAUGGCGCCUUGUGUGUCUGGCACUGGGAUUUACUUUACUAUUGUUGGCAGCAAUUGUCAGCAAUGGCUAUAGGAGCUUUUCUGGUCAUUAUAAUCAUUCUCUUCCAGGGAAUGAAGUUGUUGUCAACUGGAAGGAAAACUGUCCUCUGUCUUACCAUGUAUGGAUCAGUCAAACUUGGUGUCUUGAACUUAUUGGCAUUGCUAAACUACUACAAGAUUGA